GGGGGCGGGGCGAGGCUGAGGCUGAGGCUGCCGCCCCGGGGGACCCCCGUUCCGCGCGGGGGACCGGGGCGACCAGGUUCUUCACUCCCGCCCCGUCCCGGUCCCGGUCGGCGCACAGAGUCCGAUGGCGGCGGCCGCGCUGAGGCGCCGGGCGGAGGGCCGUGUGACCCUCGAGGACGUGGCUGUCCGCUUCUCCCGGGAGGAGUGGCGGCUCCUGGAUGAGGCUCAGCGGCGUCUGUGCCGCGACGUGAUGCUGAAGAACGUGGUACUGAUGGCCUCCCUGGGCCUUGCAUCUGAUGGCACCCAUGAGCUCCCCCAGUUGGCGCAGUGGGGGGAGCCCUUUCUGCGUGCCGGUGGCCUCAGGACUGCGGCCAGACCAGCAGGCUGUGGGCACGGAGCAGAGGCUGAGGAGAGUGUUCCUGCAGGAAGAGUGCCCAGAGUGGACCGUCGCCAACACCAGAAGCUGUGCUGUGGAGAGAAGCCCUUAGGGAGAGAAGAGAGGGCGCGAGGCCAGAAGGACUUUCCAGCCAGCACUGGUCUCAGACAGCAGGGGACGCACAGUACAGGGGCGCCACGCGGGGCCGCCCAGCAUCACCCCCAAAGAAGGCAAUACAAGUGCAGCGAGUGUGGGAAAUCCUGUGGUCAGAAAUACUUACUGCUGGAGCACCGGAGGCUGCACACCGGGGAAAAGCCGUACCAGUGCAGCGAGUGUGGGCGGUCAUUUAGCCAUAAGUCCAAUCUUUUCGUGCACCAAAUAGUUCACACGGGUGAAAGGCCUUACGGCUGUAGUGAAUGCAGAAAAUCCUUCAGCCGCAAGGCCGACCUCGUUCAACACCGGAGAGUUCACACUGGAGAGAAGCCCUUCACGUGCAGUGAGUGUGGGAAAGCCUUCCGGCAUCACUCCACGCUCAUCCAGCACCACAGGGUCCACACUGGGGUGAGGCCUUUUGAGUGCAGCGAAUGUGGGAAAUCCUUUAGCUUCAGCUCGGCCCUCAUGAAACACCAGAGGGUUCACACUGGAGAAAGGCCUUAUGAGUGCACUGAAUGUGGGAAAUUCUAUAGCCACAAGGCCAGCCUCAUUACUCACUGGCAAGUUCACACUGGAGAAAGGCCUUAUGAGUGCGGGGACUGUGGGAAGUUUUUUAGCCAAAGCUGUAGCCUCAUGCAGCACCGCAAAGUUCACACUGGAGAAAAGCCUUUUCAGUGCAAGGACUGUGGCCGACUCUUCAGUGAGAAUUCGAGCCUGGUCAAGCACCAGAGGGUGCACACCAGAGCCAGGCCUUACGAGUGCAGGGACUGUGGGAAAAGCUUUCACUACAGCUCCAGCCUGGUUAAACAUCCGGAGAGACGCCAUAGGAGUGCGGUGAUUGUGGGAAAUCCUUUCCCCAGCGUUUCAGCCUCAUUCAGCACCAGAAAGUCCACAGAGGAGACGGGUCUUGAAUGUAGCUCAUGUGGACAAGCCUUUAACCAAAAGUCUGUCUGGUCCGAAGGGAAGCUCCACACCCAGAAAGGCCUGUGAACACAGUGACCAUGCAGAGAGGUUCAGCCAAAGCUUCGCUAACCUCGUUCAACACCGGACGUUCAGACGGAGAAAGGUCUUAGGAGUCAGGGCACGUGCUGUCCCUGGUCACCCCAACCCAGUGUUCCCACCGGGGGCACACGCCCCACAUGGGGGGCAGUUUGAUUUUUAAGGAGGGCAACGA